AUGUCCCUGCGGUGCUACAGGCUGGAGCUGUGGGGUCUGGUCGCCGUGGGGCUCCUGGCGCUCUGCUACCUGCUCUACCACGAUAACCAGCUGUGGCCCAGUGUGGCCCCUGAGCACAGCACCCCCCACAGCCCCCAGGCAGCCCCCAGGCUCCCCCUGCCCCGGGCUCUGCCCACCCCUGCCCCGUGCGUGGCCAACGCCUCGGUGCACAAUGUCUCUGGCUUUGCCAAACUGCCCGGCCACGUGCAGGACUUCAUGCGGUACCAGCACUGCCGGUCCUUCCCGGCGCUGCUCGGCACCCCUGGCAAGUGCGGAGGGCCCGAGGGGUCCCCCAACAUCUUCCUCCUCUUGGCCAUCAAAUCCUCGCCGGUGAACUACGAGCGGCGGGAGGUGAUCCGCAAGACCUGGGGGCAGGAGAGGACCUUCAAAGGAGCCUUCAUCCGCCGGGUCUUCCUCGUGGGGGUGGCCCCUAGCACCCGGGAUGCCAAGAAGCUCAACCGGCUGCUGCGGCUGGAGCAGCGGGAGCACGGGGACGUGCUGCAGUGGGACUUCAGGGACACCUUCUUCAACCUGACGCUGAAGCAGGUGCUCUUCCACGCCUGGCUGGAGGAGCACUGCCCCGGCGUCCGCUUCAUCUUCAACGGGGACGACGAUGUCUUCGUCAACACCGACAACGUUGUCCGCUUUGCGAUGGCCGCCCAGGGUGCCCAGGAGCAGCACCUCAUGGUGGGGCAGCUUUUCAUCAACAACAUGCCCGUCCGGCUCCAGCGCAGCAAGUACUUCGUGCCCAGGCAGCUCCUGGCCUCCGAGCGGUACCCACCCUACUGCGGCGGCGGCGGGAUGCUCAUGUCCGGCUUCACCGCCCGCGUCAUCUCCCGGGAAUCGCGGGAUAUCAAGCUCUUCCCCAUCGAUGACGUCUACCUGGGCAUGUGUGUGGAGAAGGCAGGGCUCCUGCCUGCUUCCCACGCCGCUAUCCGGACCAUGGGCAUGGGGGUUCUGGCCCACACGGACCCCUUUGAUCCCUGCUACUACCGGGAGCUGCUGGUGGUGCACCGCUUUGUGCCCUACGAGACGGCAGUGAUGUGGCAGGCCAUCCACGAGCCCCGGCUGCUCUGCAGCAAGAGGGUGAGCAUCUUCUAGGGUGGCCGAGGAGGACCGAGAGCCGGGGACGGGGAAUGCCAGUGCAGCCCCAGGACUGCCUGGGCUGCAGCUCUCCCCACACCCCUGGUAGCUGUGAGGGAGGGACCCUGGGGCUGACCCCCAUCUCCACCGUGGUCCCUCUGGGAGGGCAGAGCAGCGUCUGCGAGGCCAAGCCCUGGCUCCUACCCUGGGAACUGCUGAGUGCUACCACGUGCCCAUCCUGGCGCUGGCCUGUUUCUGCCUGGUUUUACCCCAAAUCUGCCUUCGCAUGUCCAGAGGAGCCCCGAGGCACCAGAGGGAGCCUAAACAAA